AUAUUAAUCUAAAAGUGAUGGUGUUCAUUUUCCUGCUGUGUGUGACUGGCAUCGGUGUGUUUUGGAGAGAAGACAUCUCACUAUACUUCCCGCCUCAGGAUGAAAGACCCUGUGCUUGUGACCAAUGUUUAUCUGAAGAUGGUCUGUUGUCAAAAAAUUUCAGCAACUUUGCUGAACCACUUUUGUCAGUAAACUACAAUCUCUCAAGUGCUGAUUUCAACUGGUGGAGUCACAUACCGGGGGGAAAGGGGAGCUACAGUUCCUACAAAACAACAGUUGACAGGAUAUUCCAGAUGUUACCAGCCAGUGCUGAUGUUGAACCACCCAGCCCUGACCGCUGCAGGACUUGUGCUGUGGUGGGGAAUUCUGGUAAUUUGAAGAAUUCACAUUAUGGACCUCUCAUAGAUUUCCAGGACAUCGUCAUGAGAAUGAACAGAGGUCGCACCAAAGGCUAUGAAGCAGAUGUUGGGACCAGAACAACUCAUCAUGUCAUGUAUCCAGAGAGUGCUGUGGAUUUAGAUAACACCACUCGUCUUGUGCUGUUUCCAUUUAAGAUACGGGAUCUUGAGUGGAUUACGAAGGCCUUCAGCACAGGAUUUUCUAGAAAGCUAAUUCUAAAAUCAAACAUCAGGGCCAACAAGGAUUUGGUGAUGGUCCUUAACCCAGCCUUCAUGAGGUAUGUUCAUCACGUGUGGCUAAGAAAGAAGGGCAGCUAUCCAUCCACUGGCUUCAUGGCUUUGGUUCUUGCCCUGCAUAUUUGUGACGAGGUCCAUGUGUUUGGUUUUGGAGCAGACAGUGAUGGAAACUGGAGUCAUUACUGGGAAGAACUGAAAAACAAAAAGUUAAAAACUGGACAACAUCCUGGAGGUGAGGAGUAUGGAGUCCUCCAGAAGCUAGCUCAGCAUCAAAUAGUCAAGUUUUAUAUGGGUAGAGAUUCAUCUCUCAGCAUUUAACGUAUUGAAGCCUUGAUAGUGAAUCAUUUACAAAGCAAAACAUGACUAAGAAGCCUCGGACUUAAAAAACUGGAUGUGACUGAUACUAGUGUUGCCGUUUAAUCUACCCAAACCGGUUCAGUAAAAUCAACCACAAUCGCUUUCAAUCUGUUCAAUGCUGCUGUCUGUGUAUUGUUCUCUGUUCUUUUCAUUAUUUAUUGUGAUUUUGGGAUGUUGAUGGACUCUGUUACAAUGCAAAACAAAAAAGGAAGUAGUAAGUUUAGGGGGAAAAAAUGGGAAAUUUGAACAAG